GGGGUGCGGGUCAACAUGGGAAACGGGGUGUGCUCCCGGAGGCAGCGGAGGAUCUUCCAGUGUCUCCUGCUGCUCACGGUGGUCUGCGGGAUGAUGUACGGGGGAAUGAUAUCGUUUGAGAUGCACAAACAACUCAAGAGGACGGAGGCGAUGGCACUCAAGUACCAACAACACCAGGAGUCCCUCUCGGCACAGCUCCAAGUUGUGUAUGAGCAUCGCUCUAGGUUGGAGAAGUCUCUGCAGAAGGAGAGGUUGGAGCACAAAAAGGCCAAAGAAGAUUAUCUGGUUUACAAACUCGAAGCACAACAGUCACUGAACAAGGAGAAGCAAGACUCCAGCAGCAGAUUCAACUCUUUACAAGUGCAACAUCAGAUGUUAAAGAACCAGCAUGAGGACCUGAAGAAGCAGUAUUACGAGCUGCAGGACCAGCACCAAGUGCAGGGUGAGGACCACAGCCGGUUGCUGGACGAACACAGAGAGCGAUAUGAGAAGCUGCAGCAAACCAAAGAGGGGGAAGUCUCCCAACUGAAAGAGAAUGUAUAUAACCUGAGAGAGGAAAAUAAACAGCUGAGGAAAGCCCACCAUGACAUUCAUAUACAGCUACAGGAUGCCCAGCUUCAGCAUCAGGACCUGAAGGCAGCCCAUGACCAGCUGGCACUGACACUACAGGACCACAAGAGUGCGCUGGCUGCAGCUCAGGUGCAGGUAGAUGAAUACAAGGAGCUGAAGGAGUCCCUGAACAGGGUUCCCAACGUGAGACAGCCCGAGCAAAACCCUGCUCCCCAGCAGCCGCAAGCAGCUGCCGCCAUAGCCCCCGAAUCCCAUGUCCGUGAGGCCCACCAGGCUGCGAUACUCGAACGGCCACAUAAAGAUGAGCCAGCCCAUGAAGAUCACCAGGCUCAGCAGGACAAUGAGUCCAGGUUUGACCACCAAGUACAGGAGGUGCAUGCCCAGUCCAAGAUCAAGUCCCACUCAACCGUAUCCCAGCACACCUUGUCAGAGAAAGAGGAGGAGGAUGGAGAGGGAGAGGCGGAGAGGAGGAGGGAGCUGGCGGAGGAGGAGAUGGCUCAAGCAGGACAGCCUCAGAGGUUUGAGGAGGACCCGGACCAACCACAGGAUGAGCAGCAGCAGGAGGAGGAGGAGGAGGAGGAACAGGGACAGCCAGAUGAGAACGCACUGGACCGACAGAGACGUCAGCCACAACUGGAACCCCAUGCAGAGUUGCAUCGGGACACCCCACAGCAGCACGAGGCACACGCCCAGGUGGAGCGUGUGAAGUCGGCCUACGAGCAGCAGCAGGAGCAGCAGCGCCUGGAGGCUCAGAGGGCCGAGGAGCGCAGGCAGAUCCAGAUGCGACAGGAGGCCCUGCAGGCGCAGAGGGAAAGGGUGCUGAAGGAGAGGGAGCAGAGGCUGAAGGAGGAGCAGGAGAGAGAGGAGCUGCAUCACAGGGAGGCCGACAGACGGGAGCAGCUGCUGAGAGAGGAGCACAAAAGGAAGAAGACAGAGUAUGAGAACAUGGACAAUGAUAUGGUUCAAGGAGAGGAGGAUGGUCACACUGAAGAUGAAGAAGAAAGAGAUGCUCAUAAGCUACAUGAGGAGGAGGAGAGAGAAGAAGCAGAUCACAGAGUACCACCACAUCAACAGGGCGCUGUAGACGGUGAGCUGGACCCCGAGGACGACCCCAACAACCAGGGAGAGGAUGAGUUUGAGGAGGCUGAGGAUGAGCGGCCGCAGCACAGGGUUGCAGAAGAGGAAGAGGAGGUGGUAGAAGAGGAAGACGAGCCGGCAGCGCCAGUCCAGCACAGAGACGCACACCCCGGCCCCGAACAACCCGCUGUGGAGGAGGAACUGGUGAUGGCUGGAAACCCAGAUCAACAGGAAGACGCGAUGGACGACCAGUACCAGGAGGGACUAGAGGACGAGAUCCAGGAGGACAUUGCUGGUGGGCAGAAGAGAGAGGAGGAGGUGGAGGAGGAUGGAGAGGAUCCAUAUAACGAGAACAUAGAACAGGAUGAAGUAAAAAACCAGGAGGGACCAAAAACAGAGGAGGAUCACAGAAAGGACGCAGAGAAUAAUGAAGAAGAGAAUUACGAAGAGGAAGAAGAGGAGGUAGAGGAGGAUACGGCUGGUCGAGACAAGGGAACCAAUCGGAGGGCAGAGAUGUAGGACAGACGCAGACUUUAACCAGCUGCGGUGCCUUUUCGGCUGCCUGAAGAGCCUAUCGGGUCUUUUUUUCCCUUGUUUCUCAGAGGAAUAAAAGCAGCCAUUCAUUCAGAAUUCCAUUUAGGAAAACUGGGAUAUUAUGCCUGGAAGAUAGGAAGCUCUUCCAAACACUGGGGUUGGAACUGAUCAGCCGACACUGUGGAAAUUGACAGAAUUUAUAGGACGGAAAUGGGAUACAUACUGUUUUUGUUUUUUAAUUAAUUUGCUUUUCUGUCUACUCGCACGUCUGCCUGAUUGUCUGUCUGCUUCUGUUUUUUUAACAGCAGACAGGCAGAGAAUGUAAUUUUAUCAUGUGCUUUCUUUGUGUAAAGAAACCAAAAUAAAUUAUGUUAUUCUAAUGUCAUGUUCAGGCCUUUAUAUGUAUGUUUUAUGCAAACAGUUGUAUUCUCUAUAGAGCUCAAAUUUUAAUUUGCAUCUUGCAUUCCAAUCGAUUGAGUCCUUUUCUGUUAUUUAUUGUUCAUUGUAACAACUCUGACAAUCGUAAAAAGGUGCAACAUCCCCCCCCGACUGAACUAGUUUGUGUCAUAAUGACUUUUACCAGCUUCUUGAAGCUGCUAGACGAGAGCAUUUUCACCGGAUAUUUCUGCCAACGUCAAUCAAAGAGACAUUUCUGGUGAAGCCAUUCCGUGCUGAAAGUGUCACUCUGACAUGUGCCUUUCCAUUCUUGGAAACCUCUUCUGGAUCUUACUCAUUUUACAUUUGGAAAAGCAUUUCAAUCGGACAGGAGCGAUACAGCACGCCAGUUAGUGCUGACCCUCUUGCAUAUUGCUUCGGCUUAGCCUUAAAAAGGAGGCUGGUUCAUGUCAACUGCUGGUGUGAAUUAAAUUCACAAGACCUAAUGCAAUUUAAUGCAACAUCUUUAGUCUGCUGUACAAUGUAUAGUAAAACAAAUGCUGACAAUUUGUACAUUUUUCUGCCAGUUAUAUUUGGUACAAAAAAAUGUGGGAUUUUGAUUGUAUUAAACCAUGUUUGCCACCUGAAUGGUGAGUGGAAUAAAGAGGCUGAAGGAUCUCAUACUCUGU